GACCGACCGGGCGACUGACCCCCGACCGAAGGCGAAAAAAAAAAAAAAAAAAAGGAAAGAAAACAAAGAGGCAGCAACCGAGCAGAGAUAUAAGUGCGCGUGGGGAAUUCAGUCAAAAACUAGACGCUAUUCCGCAUAUACCAAUCGGGUCUUGAUUUAAUUUUCAGCUUAGUCGUCAAUUCCGUAUGGCAAUGAAGUUGCCUGAUCACGAAAGCUCUUGAAGCAAGCAGGAAUUCUGUUGACUCUGGAAACUCGCCUUCUCGAGGAUUGCCAGCGUGGACGAGAGGUCUAUGAACGUGUAUAAUGCGGUCAGGCUUCCACAAACCUGUUGCCUUCCCUGUUCUUGCUCUUCUUGUUUUCUCACUGCUCAGCUUGGUGUCCUUGGCAAAAGAGUGGGACUUUUAUAAUCUGCGCUUCGGGUAUAUCGGUUACCAUCAUAACGAUGUUCGGCAACCUUCCCGUUUUAGAGAUGGCCCAGUCGACGUCCGGUCGAGGAUACGGACGACUGGCAGUCAGUGUAAGUCGUGGGCGAUAAAUGGUUACUGCCUACCAGAUCUGGACCGUGUGCAUCGCUCGCGGCGCUCCGUGCCAGACACUCCACGUAGCUCGUUCGAGGCUGCUACGGUUUUUGACGCCGAUUCGAUAGCAUACCUUGCCGAAGAACCAUCACCUUUCGCGCGAGGUGUACGCGUUUUCAAAUCGCUUUUCACGAAACAGACAGAUGAUAGUCAGAUAUCUAACCCUCUUGUCACGGGGAGCGCCUCUUCUGCGGUCUCAGCACCUAGCUCUCUCCCCUCAAAUGGAUCCAACUUAGCUGUUAUCGGUGCCUCUCCUACCAUUGAAGCACGCCUUCCCAAGUCGUACAGCGGCAAUGCCACGGCCACGGCGAAAAAAGUCACUUCGCAACGGCCCCAGUAUCCUCUUCCUCAUUUACGUGACUUAUGGCAGCGGGCCUGCCAUGCUACGAGGGCCUCUCUUGGGGACUGGACUGUUCCACAUAUUCUUCGAAGAGAACGACUACCACCCGGUUCUGAAGCGAUCACCGAAGAGACAUUGCAAUUGUCAAGACAAACUGAUCAACACAUUGAAGAGGUUACACCCAAGGUGCUCAGUAAUGCCGCGCUUUCGACCUUGUCACCUACAUCUCCGCAAUCGCCUGCUAAGCCAACCGACAUCCCUGAUUUACCUGUGGCAACUGAAGAGCCGCCCAAGGGCGUUGGUCAUGGUCCGAAUUCACAGCCUGCACGCGGCAGUUGCAUGGCUAUUGUCAUCAGCCUAGUUGUCGGUGUCAUGUGGUUCUGAGAAAUCGUUGUGCGCC